CCCGGGGGUGAGAGACUUUGGGGGAGUUGGUGCCCCGCCCCCUAGGCCUUGGUGGGGUCAUGGGGUUCCCCCAUUCUGGGCCGGGGGACGUGCGAGUCGGGGCCCUGCUGCUGCUGGGCUUCUUGGAGCUGGUGUCUGGGCUCAGCCUGGAGCCCGUCUACUGGAACUCGGCGAAUAAGAGGUUUCAGGCUGAGGGUGGUUACGUGUUAUACCCUCAAAUUGGAGACCGGCUAGACCUGCUUUGUCCCCGGGCCCGGCCACCUGGUCCCCACUCCUCUCCCAAUUAUGAGUUCUACAAGCUGUACCUGGUAGGCGGGGCCCAGGGCCGGCGCUGUGAGGCACCCCCAGCUCCAAACCUUCUCCUCACUUGUGACCGGCCAGACCUGGACCUUCGAUUCACCAUUAAGUUCCAGGAGUACAGCCCUAACCUCUGGGGCCAUGAGUUCCGCUCCCACCACGAUUACUACAUCAUUGCCACAUCGGAUGGGACCCGGGAAGGCCUGGAGAGCUUGCAGGGAGGUGUGUGCCUAACCAGAGGCAUGAAGGUGCUUCUCCGAGUGGGACAGAGUCCCCGAGGAGGGGCUGCUCCCCGAAAACCUGUCUCUGAAACGCCUGUGGAAAGAGAUGGGGGCGCCGCUCACAGCCUGGAGCCUGGGAAGGAGCACACACCAGGUGACCCCAGCAGCAAUGCAACCUCUCGGGGUGCUGAAGGCCCCCUGCCCCCUCCCAGCAUGCCUGCAGUGGCUGGGGCUGCAGGGGGGCUGGCACUGCUCUUGCUGGGCGUGGCAGGGGCUGGGGGUGCCAUGUGCUGGAGGAGACGGCGGGCCAAACCUUCGGAGAGUCGCCACCCUGGUCCUGGCUCCUUUGGGAGGGGAGGGCCUCUGGGCCUGGGGGGUGGGGGAGGGAUGGGGCCUCGGGAGGCUGAGUCUGGGGAGCUAGGGAUAGCUCUUCGGGGCAGUGGGGCCGCAGACCCCCCCUUCUGUCCCCACUAUGAGAAGGUGAGUGGCGACUAUGGGCAUCCUGUGUACAUCGUGCAGGAUGGGCCCCCCCAGAGUCCUCCAAACAUCUACUACAAGGUAUGAGGGCCCCUCUCACCGGCUCUCCUGGCUUCAACCCUUCGUGGGGGUGCUCCCUCCAGUUUAAUCCAUGGCUUGAGGGCUGCCACUAGCUUCUCCUUGGCCCCCUUUACCCUGCCACCUCCAUCGUCCCUCCUGGCUAUGCGUGUUCUCCACUUUUAGGAUUUCUAAAAAUCCCACUGAACCACCUCCUGCCCUAUUUGGGCUGUGUGCCCUCUUUGUCUCUGUAUCCGUGGGUCCUGUUCCCUGGGGUCGGGGGAGCAGGGGCUCAGCCUCUACUGUUGACCAUGACCCAGAUGUCCUGGCCCUUCUCACCCACUGAGAGUCGGGGCGGGGCCAAGUCUGUCCGUUGUUGGUUGGCAUCUCUUUCUGCCUCUCACUGUUUUUCUCUCUUCUCUCUCUCUUUCUAUCUCUUAUUCUCUGUCUCUUUCUUCUGUCUAGCUCUGUCCUCUUCCCUAGCAGUCUCCUCCCUCCAUCUCCUUUUACCCUCUUGGCUUCUUAUCCUGUGUCUCUCCCAUUUCCGGGGUGGGGGCAUCAAGGCAUGGCUCCCCCCAGCUCUUCUGACCUCUUUCACCAACCACUCCCCUCAGUCCACCAAAAAAUGGGGGGGGGGCCUUACAGGGAAGGCUCUGGCAUCCUCCCAGUGCAGGCAGGCCAUGGGCAGCAGGGCCUGUCUCUUUGCCCUGCCCCUCCGCUGCCCCCCCUCCACCCCCAGGCCUCUACCUACUUGCUUCAUCCAUUUGGGGUGGUUGGGUUACAGCGGCUACCAUGAGAAGUGUCCCGUUUUGUCCAGGAGUGGCCAGUGACAAGAUAUGAACGGUCAGGACGUGUAUGGACUUGGUUUGAUCCUGAAUGGACCACUUGGGACAGAAAGUGACUUGAUCCAGACAGGAAGUGAUCGGGCCAGGACAGGAAUGGCCCCGGAAGUGGCAGCAGCCAAGCAGCAGGAACUGGAAGUGCCUUCAUCCAGGACAGGAAGUAGCACUUCUGAAAUAGGAGUGGUCUGGCUGGAACUCUGAAGUGGCUUAG